UCACUGGAAGGAAAAUCAAUAUUCAUGCCAUCAGGUUGGAGGCUACCCAGGCAGAAUAUGAGGUGUUACUCCUCCACCUUGAAGUGGCCUCCUCUUGGCGCAGGAGAAGGUCAUGAACAGAUAUGUCAGAAUGGGAAUGGGGAUGGGGAUCGGAAUUGAAAUGUUUGGCCACCAUAGAACCCAUUUAAGGAAAAUCCCCAAACAACGAGGCCAUCAAACCAGCAAAAAAAGAAUGAAUCGCACAAACAACAACAAAGUCAACAUAUAACACAAAGCAUUAAACGUCAAACCGCUGAGUGCACAACCAUGAGCCAGGAGCCACGGCCACUGAGUCAGUCAGUUCAGUGCUGUGUUAAUGGCAGCAGGCCAGCAUCGCUGAUCCACUUCCGCACCAAAGUGCCUCUAUCAAAUUGUACCAACAGUCAAGUACGUUCAGCGCUGAGGACAUUAAACAUAAAGCCGCAGCCUAAGGAGAGUCCACAGCCACAAGCUGCGAGCCGGUGAGGUGAUGGAACCGUGCAGUUUGGUUGCCCACGACUCCUGCACGUUCUGGCGGCAGCAGCGAGAGGGCGACCGACCAAAUGCAGGCAAACGGCGCUGAUCCUCGUCGACUUUGAUCAGCGCGGAGUAGUGGAGAUGUCAUGGCGGCCCCCGUAUCACAGCUCCAAGUUCCGGCACGUGUACGGGAAGCCGGCCAGUAAGGAGAAUUGCUUCGAUGGGGUGGCCAUUACCAGGAGUGUCCAAGACAACUACUUCUGCUCCGUGAACCCGAAGUUCAUCGCCGUCGUGACUGAGUGUGCGGGAGGCGGGGCUUUCUACGUCAUUCCCAUCAAUCAGACAGGAAAGAUCGAUCCGCAUCAGCCGAAGGUCUGUGGUCACAGAGGGAAUGUAUUGGACAUCAAAUGGAAUCCGUUUGAUGACUACGUCAUUGCUUCCAGUUCGGAAGAUAACACGAUCAAGAUCUGGGAAAUUCCUAAACACGGCAUCACCAAAAACCUAACUGCUUCAAAGCAAGACCUCCAGUCCCACUCACGAAGAGUAGGAAUCAUAGAAUGGCACCCAACAGCCAGAGAUAUCUUGUUCAGUGCUGGAUACGAUUACCGGAUUAUUAUCUGGAAACUGAAUUCAGGAGAGUCACUGAUUAGAACCCCAGUGAGAAUUCUGGAUUGCCACAGAGAUGUUAUUCUCUCCAUGUCCUUCAACACCAAUGGCAGCCAGUUAGUGACUUCUUGCAGGGAUAAGAAGAUUCGAGUGAUUGACAGUCACACAGGAAAAGUUUUACAGGAAACUGGUUGCAUAUCUCACAGAACUGUCAAGGUUUUGUAUCUGGGCAACUUAAAAAUGAUCCUGUCGGCGGGAUAUUCCAGGUGGAACAACCGACAAAUCGUUCUCUUUCAUCAGGAUGACCUGUCUGUGCCUUUAAGGGAGGAGGAUUUGGAUGGGUCUUUGGGAGUGCUUUUUCCAUUCUAUGAUCCAGACACCCACAUGCUUUACUUGGCAGGAAAGGGUGAAGGUAAUAUACGAUACUAUGAACUAAGCUCCGAGAAACCUUAUCUUCACUUCUUGAUGGAUUUUCGCUCUUCACUUCCUCAGAAAGGAAUGGGUAUCAUGCCAAAGAGAGGCCUGGACGUCAGUGCCUGCGAAGUCUUCAGGUUCUACAAGUUAGUGACAGUCAAAGGCCUUAUCGAGCCCGUCUCCAUGAUUGUCCCUCGGCGGUCAGAUUCAUACCAGGAUGACAUCUACCCACUGACAGCAGGGGCACAGCCAGCAAUGACUGCGCAGGAGUGGCUAAACGGACUCAAUAAAGAUCCAAUACUCAUAUCCUUAAAGCCUGGUUCUAAUAACCAGCCGUGCAUUCUGGAGAAUAAAAGUACUGAGCUGCACAACAUGCCUGACUUCACGAGAAGAGAAUAUGUGAAUGCAACACAGCAAAAACAGGAACAACGAAACACACAGGAAGUCCAAGAGCAGAGAAAGAAUUUUAUAUCAAAUGGGUACGACCUGUCAGAGUGUCCACCCCCAAAAACGGAAAAUGAGCUUCUGCAGAUGUUUUACCGGCAGCAGGAGGAGGUUCGGAGACUACGGGAACAGCUGGCACAGAAGGAAGUCCGAAUCAAACAGCUGGAACUGGAGAUAAAAAAUGUUCGAUUCAGUUCCAUUGGUUACUGAUGAAGCAACAAGGAGGAGUGGGGAAGAAACUAUGGCAGAACAACUCGCCCUUAAAAUGGGCUCCCCAAGGGGCAGCAGUCUACUUGAAUAUAGUUAUAUUUUUUAUUGAGGGAAAAAAGAUGUUUAAUUUGUAAAACUUAACUUACUGUACAGGAUGUACACUUUUUUGUUUCUUAUUUAUCUUUUAUAUGAUAGUGUAAAUUGAUUUUUUUAACCCUGCUACUGGCUUUAAUAUGAUCUGCAGUUCAGAGCUUUACAAUCACAUUGAAUCUCAAUUACUCUGGUGGUUACUGUAGUUUUUAUGGUGCAAAAAUAUAAACACAUCUUUUAAUGCUUAAAAUCCAGUGGUUAAUUUAUACAUGUUAACCAGGGCUCUUGCAACGUUGAUAAGGAAUGAGCUAAAUGUUAUACCCAAAAGUUUGAAUUGGGUGAAGCAAAUUAUCUGCAAGGAUAUUGGUUGGUCUUUUAAAAAAAAUAUCUUAAGUGUUUUAUUAUAUUGCUUCUUUAUUAAAACAAGAGUUGUGGUGAUUUGGGAAAUUAA